AAAGAUCCUCUGGGUAGUGGCUGCUCUGAAGGAGAUACGCGCACAGUAACUCGCAGAUGUAGACCAGAGACGAGAGGUUCCAGUCCUGAUUUUCCACUUAAAAGGCCCACUGAACUCUUUUUCUCGUCGGAUGUUGUUUGUCCCUCGCGAGUCACCGUUGGGUCGCCCAGGAGGCGUGACGAGGGGCGGGAAGUGGGGCUACAGCGGAGCCGCGAAGCCGGCACGGCCGCUGUCAUGGACGCUUGGGUCCGCUUCAGUGUUCAGAGUCAGGCCCGGGAGCGGCUGUGUAGGUGCGGCCCGAAUAGGAACGUGGGGAGGACGGGCCGAGGAAGGUUCUCGUGUGGCGAGGGCUGCUCAGUAUGCUUGCUGUCUUCUCGGCCAUGCCCUGCAGAGACAUGGGGCUAGUCCUGAGUUACAGAAACAAAUUCGACAACUGGAGGGUCAUCUGAGCCUUGGAAGAAAGCUUCUACGCUUGGGUAACUCAGCAGAUGCCCUUGAGUCAGCCAAAAGAGCUGUGCACCUCUCAGACGUUGUUCUGAGAUUCUGCAUCACUGUUAGUCACCUCAAUCGAGCCUUGUACUUCGCCUGUGACAAUGUCCUGUGGGCUGGAAAGUCUGGACUGGCUCCCCGUGUGGAUCAAGAGAAGUGGGCCCAGCGUUCAUUCAGGUACUAUCUGUUCUCCCUCAUCAUGAAUUUGAGCCGUGAUGCUUAUGAGAUUCGCCUACUGAUGGAACAAGAGUCUUUAGCUUGUAGCCGUCGACUGAAGAGUUCUGGAGGAGGAAUCUCAGGAGGAAUUGAAACUGGGGAACUUGGGGGAUCAGGAACACCAGGAAGAGGUCUACCCCAAGUGGCUGUGAAGCUUCGGCUCCGAGUCCUGCUCCUGGCUCGAGUCCUUCGAGGUCAUCCCCCACUUCUGCUGGAUGUGGUCAGAAAUGCCUGUGAUCUCUUCAUUCCGCUGGACAAACUAGGUCUCUGGCACUGUGGCCCUGGGAUUGUGGGGCUUUGUGGUCUCGUGUCCUCCAUCCUGUCUAUUCUCACCCUAAUAUGUCCCUGGCUACGACUGAAACCCUGACAUUCUGGUACAGGAAAAGGAGGGGCCCUGAAUUGACAAGAUGGAAUCUUGGAUCGUCCUCCAUAUACCAGCUUCGUUCUAAUUCUACUCCUUGGUUAAAGCUAAAUUUCAGAGAUUUAGAGAUAGGGGAAGAAGCUUUGGGAAAGAUGAGGUGAGAUAGGUGACUCAUGAGGUCAGUAGGAUGAUUCUAAUAUCUAGAUUUGUCUGAGCAUUUGUUCUUCUUUCAUUGCCUGUGUCGCACUUUUUACUUUGCAUCUUUUAAAUCUAUUUAGGAGUCUAUGUCUAUGUGUCUCUCUUAUUUACAUUCUGAGUCCCCUUUCCAGGAAUUUAAUCAGCAGAAUUACUUUUUGAUAGGGAAGGUGUGAAGUUUUGUCUGUAAGUUUCUAACUACCUUCUUUUUUCUCACAGAGGUGGCUUGUGGCAGAUUUUUCUUUUUUCAGACUCCUAAUCAUUAUUUUUAGACUUUAUGUCCCAAUGGACGCUUCCCUGUGUUUCUGUACAACAGGUGGUUUGACCUUCCUCUUCCUCCCUCAUGUCUAACCUCCCUCAUGAUUUGGCCCUUACUCUUCCCUAUCCCCACCCCUUAAGAUUUCUGCUUAUAUUUGAUUUCAGAGCUUUGUUCCUUAGCCUGUUUUUAUCCCUUCUUUGCCUAUCCAGAAUGAUGCUGUGUCUAGCAUCUUGCUGUAAAUACUGUACAAUGAUUCCAUGUAAUUAGCUGUGGCUCAUGCCCACAAUGGAGAGCAAGCCUUCCAGGUCUGCAAAUUAAAGAUCACUUUGCUCAUUGA